GAGAGAUAUGUCCAUCUAAGCUCCAGGCGCCCUCCAUGUCAGACGAGAUAAUUCUUCUGUGGAACCGCAGGCUGGGUGCUACAGCCUACCGGCUUUCUGAGGAAUGUCACUGCAGAUUGGAAAGUCUACUGCGUGUUCUUUUCACAGCAUCCAAGUUACCAGUUUGGCACUCUGGCCUGUCACCACACUCUGCGUGUAUGGACAUACCGCUCGUCUCUUUAGCUCGACCCAAGAGGCGCGCAAGUGAUGCCUUCAGCCUCGAGCCUGGAUGUUAGAGACUUCGAUGUAACUCUACUACCACUCGAACUCUUGCACGCUGAGCUGUCAAGAAGACAAGAUGAGAAACCGGUCUGUGGCUCGACUGGGAACCAUGGCACCUAUAACACAGGCCUACAUGUACUGGCCAUCUUCAUCAUCCUCGGAUUGAGCACGCUUGCAUGUUCCUUUCCGAUUAUAGCACGACGUUUCCCCAACCUUCCUAUCCCGCACCGAUUUCUCUUCCUGUCGAGACAUUUCGGCACAGGCGUCUUGAUUGCGACUGCCUUUGUUCACCUACUCCCGACUGCCUUCAUAUCGAUGACCGACCCAUGUCUACCCGACUUCUGGAGCAGACACUACAGGCCGAUGCCUGGCUUCAUUGCCAUGCUAGCCGUGUUUGUGGUGGUUGCAAUAGAAAUGGUAUUCGCCAGCAAAGGAGCAGGACACAGUCACAGCACUGAAUGGGAGGGAACAGGCGAUGCACGCAGACCUGUAAACAUGCGCGGAGGCGAGUCGUCGCAUGAAAAUGGUCAUAUCUCCCUGAAUCAGCUAGGGACGCCGAUCACCCCAUAUACCGACAGCGGACCCAGACCUCGAAACUCAACAUCUGAUCAUUCGGACUCGGAGGACGAUCUUGACGAAUUGGAUCCCAUGGCAGACGAGUCCGCGACACUCAAUCACCCGCAUAAGCGCAAGAUAUCCGAGUUUGACGACCACCAGCUCAGACGACAUGCAACACCAUCUGACGAGAACCCCCAGAGACUGUUUCUGCAGUGUCUCCUACUCGAAGCGGGCAUCCUCUUCCACAGCAUUUUCAUCGGCAUGGCAGUGUCAGUGGCCACAGGAACACAAUUUGUCGUCCUAUUGAUUGCGAUUUGCUUCCACCAAACAUUUGAAGGCUUUGCGUUGGGGGCAAGAAUCGCAGCUCUGAUACCGAAGCUGUUUGACGCCAGCAGUCCGAAGCCAUGGCUCAUGGCACUUGCUUAUGGAGCUACCACGCCCAUCGGCCAAGCACUGGGGAUCUGGAUAAGAGAACUAUACGAUCCUGCGUCAAAAGUGGGAUUGCUGAUGGUGGGAAUCACCAAUGCUAUCAGUAGUGGUCUGUUAUUGUUCGCUGGGCUUGUACAGCUUAUUGCAGAGGACUUUCUCAGCGAAAGGAGUUACGACAGUUUGAAAGGCUGGAGAAGGAUUGAAGCUUGCCUUGCCGUCGGACUGGGCGCUCUUCUCAUGGCUAUAGUCGGAGCUUUUGCAUAGAACAGAGGGACUACGAUUACGAAUGUGCAAGGGCUGACUAUACGCUGGCAAUGACAUGAUAUAUCAACCCUUCUCUCGUGUGUUCUUGAUGUGAGUUGCCCGACGCGAAGAGCCUGUAUUCCAGAUACGGCAGUCGCUAGCCUCCAGCAACGGAUCGAGGACGUCCAAGAGCCAGGCUAUGCUUAUCUGGUGUUGGCUGAGAUCAGCCAAGGCGUAGUAGCAAGUCUCGUAAUCGUACGUGCUUCCCUACAUGAC